AUGCUUCAUUUUUGUCUAGAGGACACUCUGCAGUCUCAACUUUCCAGUCUUCGCUUUGAGCAGCCCCACCAAUUCUCUUGUUCCAAUGAUGGUCUUUAUGCUUCUCAGUUACAGUCACGUUCCACUCAGCUCAGCAGUGAUCCUACUGACCAAUUAUUUCACUAUAACACGGCUAGCAUAGGCGCUCUGGCAAAUGUGCUUCCCGAUUCUGAAAAUGUUGGUUUAAAGGACAGUUUACUUAACAAACCAUUAUCAUCAGCUGUAAAUGGUCCUCUGGGAAGUACUGGAGGCGCACCAGAAGCCUCAAAUGCCAGUGACUUACCUUGUCUUGACUUGGCCAAGAAACUAUCACUCGACGACUACAACCUCAAAUCUGCCAAACAUGUCUUGGCUUCUGCCUCACAAACAGGGACCCGCGCCAAUCGGUCUCUUCCUCCUUCGCCUGGUUCUUCUAGGCGGUCGGCUGUUGAGCCUGGCCUCUGGCAAACUCAAGAGCAGCGUCCCGAGCACUAUCAGAGCUCCUACCGGUGUAAAGAAGAGAAGCAGCAUAUCAAUACACAGUCACAACCGGAACCACAUGAACUCUCAGAUCGAUCUGUAGACUUAUUGAGAUUCGAAAAUAAAACCGGUUCCAGUGACUCCUCCCUUAAGUCGACUGACACUGCAAUAUAUUUUGAACAGCCAGAGACAUCCACUAAAACCCCUAGGCGACUGUCGGAGAGUAAAGCUAAACUAAGAGAAGAUGGAGAACAAGGACCAUCCAUAGUUGAUUCUCAAUUACCAGAACGCCAAAUCGCCCGUGAUCGAUCUCGUAAGCAUCGCAGAGGCCCUGGCAAUCGGAGCUACCCUGCCUGUCCAAAGCAAGUUGGAAGAUCUUCUAUGCUUAGCCCAGCGCUUCAGGCAACUCCCACUCUACAUACUUCUGCUCUUUCUUCAUCGCUUUCCUCAGCCUCCGGAUCUUCCUCCUCGUCUUCAGCUGCAUCUGUUUCUGCUUCUCCAUGUUUCAAUCCACCUUUGCAUUUAGGAAGCAAAAAUUCUAGGCGUCCAACAAAAAAUCCGGAAAUAAAGGUCCGUUAUUCAAGACGAAAACCACGUCAUGAUUAUAGCACUUGUUAUUCUCAUUCGGUUAAUCAUCAUAAUCACCACCUUGGUCAUCACCAUAGCUGUCGUUCCAGAUCCAGGGCUAACUGCUGCCAACUUGACAACCUUUGUGAUCGCCAACCUCACAAUGCCAAUUCUGAUAUCCAACACACCUCCGGCCAACAGCUUCGAAACUCACCGCACACGAAUGCGAAAAUACUGACUGACCAGGCAAAGCUACCUACUGAGUCUCAGGAACCAGGUAGUUUUCUGGCCAGCCACGUUUUUCUUCCUCGCCCCAUAUGUUGA